GUUGUAGAUAGACCCUUGUGCUACCUCUGCACGCCGCCAUAUUGCACAAUUCCAGGUUUUUUUGGGGGGGUACGGUAGAUGUCAUUUGAAUGGAUUGAAGAUUAGGAUUAAAAAUACAAAAAGGUUAGUAAAGAGUCUAUCAGCGAGUGUAUCGGUUGACGAUAUUUACGGAAUAAAACAACGGGUUUCUGUACAUGAAGGUACGUUAAUUGGCAAGCAUCGUGUAUAGUGUUUCCUAUUUACGGAUUGAAAGGGAAGUCUUCUUUGCCUGAAGAAUCUUGUACGGACAGGGGACUAUGCACAGUUGCAGCUAUGAACAUUCGGCGUUGUAGUGAGUUUAUACUACCAGCAUUUGUCUGCAGUGUAUUUCUCAAUGCAUUUUGUCUCCUCGGGAGUUUCUGGCAAUUUUCGGAAAAUACAUCUGCCUCCAAAUUCCUUCAGCCAAAAGGUUAUAGCUACCUAUGUCCCUAUUUUAGAGGAGGACUCGGCAACCUCAUGUUCAUGUAUGCUUCAAUCUACGGCAUGGCGAAAGAAAAGAGUAUGGGCAUCGGAAUAUACAAGGAUAUGGAGCUGUAUAAACUAUUCAACAUAACGGAAAACGCCAUAGAAGAUCAACAGAUUUGUAAUAAGGCUGUGGAAAUAUUUGAAUACAGACCGUGUGCCUACGACGUAGAAACGACCGGAUUUACGUCAUCAAAGAAUAUCAAACACAGUUCGUAUCUCCAGUCUUGGAAGUAUUUUCAGCAAGUUGAUGAUGAUAUACGAGCGCAGUUUGUUUUUAAAGAUUCUAUACAAUCUAGGGCAGGUGAUGUUCUCAGACAGGCAGUUAAGAGUUAUUUUAAUACAUCUUCAUCAUCACGAUCCAACGAUAAGACUUUAACAAUCAUAGGUGUUCACAUCAGGAGAGGGGAUUACCUGAAAAAAGACAAAAUAAAGUACGGGUAUGCGGUAGCUAGCUCGUCAUAUGUAGAUAAAGCCAUGGACUAUUUCAGAGAUAAAUAUAAUAACACGUUGUUUCUAGUGUUCACCAAUCCAAAUGCAGCAGAUAUCAAGUGGUGUAAAGAGAAUGUGAACGGAAGUGACGUUCUACACAUGAAAGCAAACAUACGUGAAGUUGACAUGAGUGCCAUUGCACAAUGUAACCAUACAGUUAUGACGGUGGGAACAUUUGGCUGGUGGGCCAGCUGGCUUAACAAAGGAGAAACUGUUUAUUACAAACAUGUCGCAAGACCAAAAAGUUCAUUAUUGAACGAUUUUAGUAGUGAUAUGUCGGAUUAUUUCUAUCCCGGUUGGAAAGGAAUGGUUUAGAAUAUCAACUGACAAUAUAAAAUCCCGUUGUCUUUUAUUUUCGUGCUUUCAUGCCUCCUAAUUAUACGACUACAUGAACGACCUUACAGCAGCAAAGGGCCAUGAUUAAA